UCCUGGCCAAAGGAGCCUUGGGGACAGCACAGCGGCAGGGACAGAGGGACAGGCACGGAGGACAGAGGUCCCCACCUGUCAAAAUGCCUAUCCUGAAGAGUCUAGGGGUGCCAGACCCUAAGUUGCCCCGGGCAGGGACCCUGCCUCUGAGGUCCUCCCGGAACCCCUUUGAGGAAGUUCCAGGGCUGGAAGAAGAAGAGGUCGGGGAGCUGGGGUCGCUGCCCAAUGGAACUUCUUGUCGCCGUCGGGCCACCUUGGAGAAACUGGCGGGUCUGGCCCCCUUCCGGCUGGGUUGGUCACCUGGCCGACGAGCAGGCAGCCCAGGGGAUGGGCAGCCCCGCUCUUUCCUGGGCCGUGUGUUGGCACCGGGGAUCCGGAGGAGUUCGGCAGAUUUUGGCCUCCUGGCUCGGCUUCAGGGCCUCAGAGCCCACGGGGAGGAGGAGGCGGCGGGGGAGGCUGCCCGGAGACUGGCCUUCCUGAGACUGGGGCGUGGGCCCAAGCCCCGGCGGGCGUCCCUUGCUGGGAGGGUGGUGCCUGCAGGAGAGGCAGCCCCCGAACCCCCGCCCAAGGUGCCGGAGCCCCCAAAGAUGAAGGAGCCCCUGUCAGUGCUGGAGAUCCUGAGCCUGAUCCAGCAGCGGGAGCUCGCGCGAGCGGACGAGCACAUCUUGGAGCUGGAGGCCGAGGAGCUGGCGUCGUCGGGGGGCGGCGCCCCGGGGCCCCCGAAGGCGGAGGGCUCAGCCUCAGGCCGCCGGGCGCGGGACGUGGCGCUGCUGUACGAGGCCCUGCAGCGCGAGCUGUGGGCGCUGCCGCUGACCGACCGCUACGCGCUCCUGCACUGGCACAAUCAGGUGUACCCCAGCCUUAGCGUGCAGAGCCUGAGCACCGAUGAUCCUCCGGGCCCUAAGAUCUCAGCACUAGUGAGCUUCUGA